CCCACACCGACCAUGCUAUUAGCCCUGCACACAUUCGCCUCGCUCCUCCUCGCCUCCCUCGUGGUCGCGCAGUCCCAGUCCACAUCCACACCGACAGCUGCCCCCACUGCGCCGACGACGAUCCCCACCGGCGGCGUGGCGACCACGACAACCUUCCAUGGGACGAUCAAUGAUGGCGCCCAGGUCAUGACCCUUGACACCGCGACAGUCAAGUACAUCCUCGCCAAUGUGACGGUCAAGUUCCCGACCUCGUCAGACUGGUGGGCAGCCGAGGCCAAGCACCCUUGGCCCAACCUCGCCCUCCUGGGCGGGCCAUUGAACAACGUCUCCCUCCCGCCGCUGUCCAGCCUGCCCCAAGGCUCGCGGUACUACUAUGCCUACAACUUCAACCUCACUCUGAACAAUGAUGACACGUCGCUGCUGAAGGCGCCCUUGGUCGUGGCGCAAGAGGGUCGAAGCGGAGACCCAUCGUGGCCCAACUUCUUACAGCCUGCGAGCUUCGUGGCGAAAGAGUUGAUUAAUGCCAAAGUGCGCCCAGGACAAGGUUAUUACCUCAGAUACCUGUUCGACUCGUACUCGGGCACAUCAUCCCAGCCCAACAACUUCCUGAACGUCACCUCGGACAAGUUUGAGAUCAGAGCAGGUAGCAUCACCACAUACCCGGCAAACUUCUCCGUGGCCGACAAUUACCAGUACUCCCCUUCGGAAGCAAUGGGAUCAGGCGCUGGAAUUGUGCUCCCUGGUUCUCUGUUGGUCGUUGGUUUGCUGGCUGCAGCAGUGCUGUGAGAGUCUGAUUCCCUGUCUGUAACAUGAAUGCCCCGUGACGUGCUCCCGCACAAGACCUCAUAACCCAAU